AUGGCCCUGCCUCGUUCGUCCGCCCUGGCGCCAGCAAAGGCCUUCUGCGAGGCGUUCGGCCUCCGGUGCCCAGUGAUCAUGGCCCCCAUGGCGGGCUCCUCCCCGGUUGCUCUGGCAGCCGCCGUUGCAAACGCAGGAGGAAUGGGGUCUUGCGGCGUCCUGGCGAUGGGUCCAGAGCAGAUCUUGCAAUGGACGUCUGAGUUCCGAGCCAAAUCACAAGGGCAGCUGCAGCUGAACACCUGGGUGCCGGACCCAUCACCCCACCGCGAUGCUGCGAAGGAGCAGCGCGUGCGAGAGUUCUUGGCUCGCUGGGGUCCCGAGGUCCCGGCAGACGCCGGAGAUGCGACGAUCGUCGACUUUGAUGCGCAAGUGGCUGCCAUGAUUGAGGCUCGGCCGGCCGUAAUCUCGUCAAUCAUGGGCCUUUACUCCGCCAAGCAUGUGGAGCAAAUGAAGGCCCACGGCAUCAAGUGGUUCGCGGUGGCGACCACAGUCCACGAGGCCCUGGCAGCGGAAGGUGCCGGAGCCGAUGCCAUCGUGGCGCAGGGAAUGGAAGCAGGAGGCCACCGAGGCGCUUUUAAGGCGGAGGAUGCCGCCCGGGACCUCGUGGGCCUGUUUUCCCUACUUCCGGCUAUCGUGGAUGCCGUGCGGGUGCCGGUGAUCGCCACGGGAGGGGUGGCGGACGCACGCGGCGCCGCCGCGGCCUUCGCCCUGGGCGCCUCUGCCGUGCAGAUGGGAACGGGUCUGCUGCGGAGCCCGGAGGCCGCCAUCCCACGCGUGUGGGCCGAUGCGCUUGGCACCUCCCGGCCAGAAGACACUGUGGCCUCGCGGGCCUUCUCCGGGCGUCUAGGCCGUAGCCUCAAGACGGCCUACACGGUUGCGUCUCUGGCACCCGAAGCGCCUGAGCCGGCGCCCUAUCCGGUGCAGCGCGGGCUCACCACGCCCAUGAGGGUGCAGGCGGCGAAAGACCAGCGCCUAGAGAGCAUGAUGGCAUGGGCCGGUCAGAGCGCCGGCCUCGCCUCGGCGAAACCGGCGGCGGAGAUCGUGGCCGAAGUCUGGGCUGGGUCCCAGGACAUCUUGGGCGCAGUUCCGGACAGCAAGUACUAG